GUACUGGGUCCGCGCGUUCCCCGCGGAGCUGGCCGGGGACGCGGCCGCGCUCGGCCGCUUGGGGGCGCUGCGGGACGCGCUGCGCGGGGACGGGCCCGACCCCGGCAUCGACCUGGAGGCGGUGGAGGCGCUGGGGGCCCGGGAUGGUGACAGCGACGAUGAUGAUGGUGACACCGGCGAUGGUGACACCGGUGACACCGGUGACGAGCGCCCCCUGGCGGCGCGGCACAAGCGCUCGCUGCUGCUGGAGCAGCUGCCCCCCCCCGCGCUGGCCGCGCUGCUCACCAGGAUGGAGCAACGCACGAUCGCCCGCGUCCGCGUGCGGGAUUACCGCAGCUUCGCGCGGCGGGGGGGCGCCGGGGGCAGUCCCGCGCUCCGCCGCGUGGUGGCGCUCAGCAACGCCGAGUCCCGCUGGGCGCAGCUGCUCGUGCUCGGCCCCACCGCGGCCCCUCAGCGCGCGCGCGCCAUCGCCCGCCUGCUCCAGCUCGGCCAGAGCCUGCUGGAGCUGCGGAACUUCAACUCGCUGCUGGCCGUGGUGGGGGGGCUGGGCCACGGCUCCAUCACCCGCCUGCGCCAGACCCUGGCGCUGCUGCCCCCCCCCGUCACACAGCGGGGGUCCCGCCUGGCCGAGGCCGUGGCCGCGGGGGGCAACUACCGGCGGUACCGGGCGCUGCUGGCGGCGGGGGGCGCGGCGGGGGGCGCGGUGCCCGCGCUCGGGGUGCACCUGCGGGACCUGGUGUCGCUGGAGGCGGCGCUGCCGGACUGGGGGGGCCCCGCGCGCCCGCACCCGCACAAGCUGCGGCAGCGCUUCGCCAUCCUGCGGGGGCUGCUGGGGGCGGCCGCGGCGCCGCCCGAGGACCGCGACCUGCUGCGGCUGCUGCGGGUGUCCCUGGCGCUGAGUCCCACCGAGGCGCAGCUCUAUGAGCUGUCACUGCAGCGCGAGCCGCGCACGAGCGCGGGGCCCCCCCUGUCGCUGCCCCCCGUUGUCCCCAUGGACGAGUGGCUCCUGCCCGAGCCCCCCCGGCCCGACCCCGCGCGGCUGCGGCCGCAGCUCGAGCGGCUCGUGGAGCGCAUCUUCCAGGACUUCGACGUGGACGGGGACGGGCGCAUCUCGCGGGAGGAGUUCGCGAUCGUGGGGCAGAGCUUCCCCCAACUGCGGCUCUGGGGGGAGCUGGACACGGACCGGGACGGCAGCCUGACCCGCGAGGAGGUUCUGGCCUAUUUCCUGCGCUGCAGCGAGGGGCCCCCCCCGGGCCCCCCCCAUUGCUUCGUGGGCAGCUCCCCCCUGCGCCCCACGGCCUGCAGCCACUGCGCCCGCACGAUUUGGGGCCUCCACAGGCCGGGGCUGAAGUGCCGCAGCUGCGGCCUGCGCUGUCACGCCGGGUGCCGGGACUCGCUCCGUGCCCGGUGCCGGCCCCGCGGCCGCAGCGUCACCAGCGACCCCCCCGCGCGGGACCCCCCCGCGCCCAGCCCCGCAGGGCCCCCCGAGGAGCUGCAGGAGCUGCAGGACGGAGUGUUCGACGUGCACCUCUAGGGUCCCCGGGGCUCCGGCUCUCCCUGACCCCGUUUGACCCACAGACCCCUCCCCACACUUGGGGGGCGAUGUGGGGCAGCGCUUGGGAAUGCAAUAAACCAUCCAUUUGAGGUC